AUGGCUUGCUGUGUCCCCUGCUGCUGCAGUGUCCCCACCGGCCCUGCCACCACCAUCUGCUCCUCGGACAAGUGCUGCCGCUGCGGAGUCUGCCUGCCCAGCACCUGCCCACACACGACCUGGUUACUGGAGCCAACCUGCUGUGACAACUCCCCCCCACCCUGCCACAUCCCUCAGCCCUGCGUGCCCACCUGCUUCCUGCUCAACUCCUGCCAGCCCACCCCGGGCCUGGAGUCCCUCAACCUCACAACCUACACCCAGCCCUCCUGUGAGCCCUGCAUCUCAAGCUGCUGCUGA